CAGGAUUGCGUCAAUUCGGGUUUCAGCCACGUCUAGACUCUCAGAAACGAGCUUCUCAGAAGAGCCAAAACAGGAACAGGGGUGGCAAAUCACUGUGCGAGGGCGAGUGAACCUCCCUCUUUGCCUCCUCCCCGCUCCAGGCGCAGGUCCCCCGGGCUCUGCGCUGUUGUUUUCAGCACUCGGGAAAGCCGGCGCUUCAGAUCCAGGCAAGUGAACCAAGAAGGGGAGUUUUCCGUUCAGCACCUCGGACAGAACACGCAGCAAAAAAUGGCUCCGAUCACUAGCAGCCGGGAAGAAUUUGAUGAAAUCCCCACAGUGGUGGGGAUCUUCAGUGCAUUUGGCCUGGUCUUCACGGUCUCUCUGUUUGCAUGGAUCUGCUGUCAGAGAAAAUCAUCUAAGUCUAACAAGACUCCUCCAUAUAAGUUUGUGCAUGUGCUAAAGGGAGUUGAUAUUUACCCUGAAAACCUAAAUAGCAAAAAGAAGUUUGGAGCAGAUGACAAAAAUGAAGUAAAGAAUAAACCAGCUGUGCCAAAGAAUUCAUUGCAUCUCGACCUUGAGAAGAGAGAUCUCAAUGGCAAUUUUCCCAAAACAAAUGUCAAAGCUAGCAGCCCUUCUGAUCUGGAGAAUGCAACCCCAAAGCUCUUUUCAGAAGGGGAAAAGGAGUCAAUUUCCCCUGAUAGCUUAAAGUCUAGCACUUCCCUUACUUCAGAAGAGAAACAAGAGAAACUGGGAACCCUCUUUUUCUCCUUAGAGUACAACUUUGAGAAGAAAGCAUUUGUGGUUAAUAUCAAGGAAGCCCGUGGCUUGCCAGCCAUGGAUGAGCAGUCAAUGACCUCUGACCCGUAUAUCAAAAUGACCAUCCUCCCAGAGAAGAAGCAUAAAGUGAAAACCAGAGUUCUGAGAAAGACCUUGGACCCACUUUUUGAUGAGACCUUUACAUUCUAUGGGAUCCCCUACACCCAGAUCCAAGAGCUGGCCUUGCACUUCACGAUCUUGAGUUUUGACAGGUUUUCAAGAGAUGAUAUCAUUGGAGAAGUCCUUAUUCCUCUUGCAGGCAUUGAAUUAACUGAUGGAAAGACGUUAAUGAACAGAGAGAUUAUCAAGAGAAAUGUUAGGAAGUCUUCAGGACGGGGUGAGUUACUGAUCUCUCUCUGCUAUCAGUCCACCACCAAUACUCUCACUGUGGUUGUUUUGAAAGCUCGACAUCUGCCGAAAUCUGACGUGUCUGGACUUUCAGAUCCCUAUGUUAAAGUGAACCUGUACCAUGCCAGAAAGAGAAUCUCCAAAAAGAAGACUCAUGUGAAGAAAUGCACCCCCAAUGCAGUCUUCAAUGAACUGUUUGUGUUUGAUAUUCCUUGCGAGGGUCUUGAAGAGAUAAGUGUUGAGUUUCUGGUUUUGGAUUCCGAAAGAGGAUCCCGAAAUGAGGUGAUCGGGCGGUUGGUCCUGGGAGCAGCAGCAGAAGGAACCGGUGGAGAGCACUGGAAGGAGAUCUGUGACUAUCCCAGGAGACAAAUCGCCAAGUGGCACAUGCUCUGUGAUGGUUAGCAUCCUAUCCAUGAGUUGGAACUUAAUGAUUUUUACUUGGCGGGGAGCAAUUUUCUUUCUUUCCAAUAUGUGAUUGCAAGCUUGUGACAGCAAGCUACCUUUAUUUGUUAGAAAUGGGUUGAAUUAGCAGACCAGAAAGUAACUGUAAAUGUGUAUCAUGAUAAUUUCCCCCUUUAUUAGAAAAGUUGGUGAAUUUUCAUAAGAUAUUCAAUUUUCCCUGCAGGUUACCAGUGAUAUAAAUAAGAGUAAUCAAGCAUUUUAUGAAUACUGCCCUGUAAUCCCAGGUUAUGGAUGUGGUUUAUGUGAUGAUGAUCUCAGAACAAGUCACUGGAAGUCAAUGUGAUUGUUAGGAUUUAGGAAUGAAAAGCAUACCUUCUUUUAUGAAAAUUCAUCCAUUUUUCUUCAAAUGGGAAAAUGUAUUUUUCUUUAAAUCCAAAGAUAUUAAAGAAGUGUUCUCUACUUUGUUUUGAUUAAUUACAUAAUGUACAAAUGAUUGUCCUGCAUAUAAAAGUAUAUGGUCAUUUCUCUUUGGUUUGUAAUUAUUUGAUACAAUUUUAUCACAAGAGGACUAACAGGUUUGUUUCCAAAGGACAGUAAACAAGCUGAGAAACCUUUUUAUCAAAGGGCUGAGUUGAGAACACUGUGACUGAAAUAUGAUUUUUCUCCCCCCUAAGGUUGUAUGUGAGUCAAAGUGUUAUAAAAUAUCUCACAUAAGAACCAUGGCCUUGAAUUAUUCAUUGCCUGUCACAAGUGUCAGUGUGGUCUAAAAAGGCCCUAUUUACCUUUGUGAAAGUUGUUGAAUUAGCUAGUGGGUAAAGAAAUAAACUUCAGCUAGAAGUCCAAUUAGAAAUGCGGUUUGCUUAUAGGAGAUAUGUAUAGUAUACAUGUGUAUGAUCAAGGCUACUCCUUGUACACAGAGAGGGCAUGGAUAACUAAGUCUUCAUUUAGCUUGUUUUCCCCCAGAAAGUACUAAGCUACUAUUUGAAAAGAAACAAACAAACAAAAAAGACCGAAGUUUUAACCACUGCCAAAUAGAAAGCAUUUACUUAAACCAACAAAUUCAGUAAUAAGACUAAAAAAAUAGUUAUACAGCAAGCCUAAUAUAAUUUACAUAUGUUCACACAAAAUAUAUUUAGGCUGUCAAAUUAGCACAACAAAGUAUGUUUCACUAGCUUUUCUAGGUUAAUUUAUCUUGAGCUGUUGUCUGUGGAACAGUUUAUAGACUUGUGUUCUGUACCAUUUUAAAGCGUCAGGACUCUGAAAUUCAUUAAAAAUGUGAUAGAGUGAAGCAGAGCCCUGUGAUCAUUUGGAAAGAAUUAACUUGAGGUAACGCUACAACACGUGAGUUUUUAGAGACGUAUGAGUGAAACUCGGGUACAGCUGAACUAUUAAAUAUGCAAGUUAGAAAUGAAGUCUACUGAAAAACUUACAUUUUGAGUCAGGUUUUGUGUCGGUACUUUAGCAGUUUUUGAGAAUGUGUUUGAUAUCACAGUGUUUGUAAAUUCUAUGACAAUGCAUUUUCAAAACAACUUAUACAUGCUUUUUAUGACUAUGCCUAAUGUAAAAAAAAUGUUUUACAUUCUAUAUGUACAAAAAUGGAAACCAACCUCUUUUUUGUGCUUUAAGAUGACUUUGGGAUUAAAAACGAAUAUUCUCCAAUCAUUGUCAUCAUUCUACCACAAGUUCACCUCACAGCAUCUUGGUCCACUUAGCAUUUCUGUGAAAGCAACGUGAAAUGAAUUGUAGUCAGUGUGUGGUUUGGGGAAGUCAAAUGGCCUUUUUGUGUAUGUAUAUUUGGUAUCGUGGGCCAUGGAAUAUAAUAUAUUUUGGAGCUCUAAAACAUUGUGAGAAGUCAACUCUAAGUAUCCUUUACAACAGCCAAAUGUUAAUGGUGGUACCAAGUGAAGUAUGGUUGUGGGAGAAGGGUGAUUUUUUUUUUUAAAGUGGAACAGCAAAACCAACAAGAACUACUUUUAAAAUUACAAGGAAUCAUUUGUAAAUAGUUGUUAGUUUUUAAAACUUACAGUGUUUUUGAGUGUGAAAAGUUGAGUAAAACUAUUUGCAACUGCUUUUAAGAAAAGAAAGAAGCAAAACUAGAAAGGAGUUGAAACAGGCAGGGACAUGCGUAAUCCCAUCAACUGGUGAAAAUUGUACCGUUUUAUAAUGCAUUACAAUAUCAAUGUGAAUAUCUUGAACUCUGUUACCAAUCCUGCACUGUAUGAAACAUGUAAAUUAGUUGUUUGUCUGAUUAACCAACCUAACCACCCUAAUGGGGAGGUAUUCCUGUUUGAAGAACUGUGUAACUCGGUAACUGACUUGUUCUCAUGUCGUAACUCAAUAGAAGUGACUUGGAAGGAAGCAUGGUGUAUGAGGUGGUGUCUGUUCUUUCGUGCCAGCUCUGUAUGAUGUUUGUAAGACCCUAUUUGUAAGACAUGAAUAAAUUGCUGCUUUUGCCCAAACCAUUUCAA